AUGGAUCUGGACAUAGAAAUGGGCGACGCGCUUGAGAGCGUACAAGAUGCGCCCAUCGCCGACUUCCCUGCCGCCGACGACAUCCUCCAACCCGACGAGCCAGAAGAGCCGGGUGAGGUGGCCGAGGAUGAGCCCCCAAAUGACAGCGAGACCACUGCCAUAGUCCCGACAAAGCUACACGUCCGCGGCUUAGACACGCUACACACGGAUGACAUCAAGAACUACGUCAAGGCGCACUUUGGCCCUCCCGAACACGUGGAAUGGAUCGACGACACGUCGGCCAACAUCAUCUUCGCCUCCGAAUCUAUAACCCGCGAAGCAAUUGUCGCCCUAAGCUCCAUCGAGGUUGCCGACGCCACGGCCCUUCCCCCGGGGGAGUCACUCCCCGCCAAGCCUUUAGACGGCAGGCCCGAGAUACAUCUCCUGGUUCGCUUUGCGACUCAGGGUGAUCGGAAACAAGCAGGUGCCGCUCUACGGAGUCGAUAUUACCUUCUCCACCCCGAGCACGACCCAGAGGAGCGUCGACGACGACACAGGGACCAGCGAUCAAGAUAUCGCGACCGAGACAGCGACGGCCGCGCGGGGGGACGGAGGCGACGUGAUUCCGACGAGGAGAAUAUCAGGUUCGAGGCGAGCAUGUACGAUGACGCUCCGCAGCCGACGCGUUCCCGGCGGCAUUCGGAUUCGGAAGACCACCCGAGGUCAUAUGCCGCCGAGAACAGGGGCAAAGAAUUGUUCUCGGGUCGCUCGUCAAGACGCGACAGGUCUGCCUCGCCAAGGCGGGAGACGAGUGGUGAUAGUGACGGCGGGGCGUACAUGGACAGAAGGACCAGCUCAUCGCGCAAUAACCGCGCUGAGGCUCGGAGCAUCAAGAGACGCUUGUCGGCUGACAACAGAACCAAGGAGCUAUUUCCGACGAAGAAGUCUGGCAGGGGUGGUCAGCUCGACCAGCUAGAGCGGUCCAUCGGCUCAGCGCGGCUGACAGAAGACGACAUGCCCAAGGUCGUGGCGACCCCAGACAUCCCGGCAGGCGGUGCUUUCAACAUUCGUGGCCGCGCAAGCCAACGGCUUGAUGGCGAUAGCGUCUUUUCCAUCAAGGGUGCCGCGGCAAAUUCCAGAGAGCUGUUCCCAGGGAAGCUUGGCGGCAGCAAUGCGGGAAAGGAGUUGCUGGACACUGCUGGCCUGGUCAGUCACGCGACGCGCUAG